UAUCAAAUGUGUGCAUGAUAUUUGAAAGGCAUAAUAAUGUGACUCGAGUCACCAAAUGGGUGCUGCAUUUCUUUUUCUCUGAUCCGGUAAGGUUGGUGUUCGUGCAUGCAUUUCCUGGUAGGAAGAAAAUAGCUUUGAGAUAGCUAGAAAUCGAUAUCAGAUCGAAACCAGGUUUUGCAGGAAGCUAGCUUCAGUCGGAUUAUUUAUAUAUUUGUGUAUGUAUAUGUUUUUCUACGUCAAAACAGAUGCCAAUGCUAGUCGACUAAUGGGAGAUUGGUGGCUGCAUCUAAGAGGAAGCAAAACCAGAGGUAAUGACACCCACUAUGACGACGUCUUCGACUACGCCACAGAAUGUUAUGCCUGUACACAAGUUGGCGUCCCCGUCUUCCACUCCACUAGCUGCGACAGCGCCAACCAACCACAUUGGCAAGCCUCUGCCGGUUCUUCUCUUUCUCCGUUUAACCCUGUCCCGACCCGUUCGAGAUUCCGGAUUCCUUCUGGUCCUUUUGGGUCCGUUCUCGACCCGCGUAGCGAGUGGGUCCAGUGGUGGAACCGGGUGUUUUUGUUGACACGUGGGAUUUCGUUAGCCGUUGAUCCUCUUUUCUUUUAUGCCUUGACCUUAUCUAUAGGGAAAGGUGGGGCCCCGUGUUUGUACGUGGACAGCGGGGUGGCGGCUAUCGUUACCGUUGUUCGCACCUGCGUCGAUGCGGUGCAGCUUUGGCAUGUUUGGUUGCAGUUCAGGUUGGCCUAUGUUUCUAAGGAGUCUCUGGUUUUCGGCUGUGGGAAACUCGUGUGGGACGCACGUGCUAUUGCUUCCCAUUAUGUCAGGUCUCUCACGGGUUUCUGGUUGGAUGUUUUUGUCAUACUUCCUUUUCCUCAGGCAAUAUUUUGGAUAUUGGUGCAAAAAUUGAUCACACAAGAGAAGAGUAAGCUGGUAUUAACAAUAAUACUGCUAACAUUCUUGUUUCAGUUCCUCCCUAAGCUCUAUCACAGCUUUAGCUUGAUGAGCAGAAUGAGAAAGGUCACAGGUUAUAUCUAUGGUACCAUUUGGUGGGGUUUUGGCCUUAAUCUCAUUGCUUACCUAAUUGCUUCUCAUGUUAUUGGAGGAUGCUGGUAUGUUCUUGCUACUCAACGAGUCGUGUCAUGUCUGAAAGAACAGUGCGAAAGAAACAGCAACUGCACGCUCUCUCUGUCGUGUUCAAAGGAUGUUUGCUAUCAAUUUAUGUAUCCUGAAGAUAAAUUUGGAAAUCCAUGUGGUAAUAACUCUAAAAUGAUUGCGAAGCCAUUGUGUUUGAAUGAUGAAGGACCAUUCAAUCAUGGGAUUUAUACAGAAGGCCUUCUAGUGGUUACUAGCAAUUCACUUGCUCUCAGGAUUCUUUAUCCCAUUUUCUGGGGCUUGUUGAACCUUAGCUCUUUUGGCAAUGAGCUCGAUCCGACGAGUAACUUGGUAGAAGUGAUGUUCAGUAUAUUCAUUGUGUUGUGUGGCUUGACUCUCUUCACAUUAAUGGUUGGGAACAUCCAGGUGUUUCUGUCUGUGAUCUUGGCCAAAAACAAAAACAUGCAGCUAAAACGUAGAGACAUAGAAUGGUGGAUGAGUAGAAGACAAUUGCCAUCAAAUUUGAGGCGAAGAAUUCGACAUUUUGACAACCAAAGAUGGGCAGUGAUGGGAGGAGAAGAUGAGAUUAAGUGGAUUGAAGAAUUGCCUGAGGGACUCCGUAGAGACAUUAAGCGCUAUCUUUGCUUAGACCUCAUCAAAAAGGCACCUCUCUUUCACAAUUUGGAUGAUCUUAUUCUUGAUAACAUUUGUGAUAGGGUCAAACCUCUUGUCUAUUGCAAAGGCGAAAAGAUAAUUAGAGAAGGAGAUCCUGUGCCAAGAAUGUACUUUAUAGUGCGGGGGCGAGUGAAGCGUAGCCAAAGUCUUAGCAAAGGCAUGGUAGCUACAAGUGUGCUUGAACCAGGAGGCUUUCUAGGUGAUGAAUUGUUGUCUUGGUGCCUUCGCCGCCCAUUUAUAGACAGACUUCCAGCUUCAUCGGCAACAUUUUUCUGCAUGGAACCAACUGAGGCUUUUGGACUUGAUGCAAACAGUCUUAGGUACAUUACUGAUCAUUUUCGAUACACAUUUGCUAGCGUAAGGCUUAAGCGAACAUUGAGAUAUUACUCGUCGAAUUGGCGAACAUGGGCUGCCGUGAACGUACAAUUGGCUUGGCGAAGAUAUAGGAUGAGGACUACAGGUCUAGUGAUUCCUGUAGCGAUUAAUGGUAAUAAUAUUGAAAAUUUGCUGCUCAGGCGAUAUGCUGCAAUGUUCUUGUCACUCAGGCCACAUGAUCAUCUUGAAUAAAUGCAAGAAUGGAAACUUCUUUUCUUUUUUUUAGUUUCUUUGAGAUCUUUGUACAGUAUCUGUUGUUUGUGCCAAGCUGCUCAUAAUACUGAAUUGAAGAUUUGUUCCAAGCAGAGUUGCAGAAGAUUCUUUCAUGAAAAA